UGCGCUUUCGUGGGAUUUGCAACGCAUAAGUUUUAAUUCUGCCUAGCCACCGCCCUUUACCUGUUAUAGCACUCGGGCUAGGACUAGGAGUCGAGGCGUCGCUGCUGCCAUCCUCGAAACCGCUUUCAGUAUUGCUUGCUCGGCGCCAUCUGUCACACGUUGCUCGAGCUUACACCGUCGAUACACGCCCAACUCAACAGCCGCGGGGUCGCGCACGCGGAGGCCCCUGAGGUGCCGGUAUGGCGGCCGCUGGCGCGGGGACGUCGGGCAGUGGCGCCGGCGGGGCUGCUGCUGCUGCGCUGGAGCUGCCUGAGGACGUGCAGGCCCAGCUGUCCACCUUCCGCCAGCUGCUGGGCGACCUGAAGGCCGCGCUGGGCGCCGCUGCGGGGGCUGUGCCGGGCGGCGGCGCGGAGCUUGCGGGGGCGGUGCCCGACUCGCUGGAGCGGGCGCGGCUGUGCCUGGCGCUGGCCAAGUCGGUGAAUGCGCUGCACCACGUCUACGUCAGGGCACACGGCCGCGACCCCUUCACGCCCGCCACUGCCGGCGGCGUGGCCGUGGGUCGGCAGGAGCUGGACCGCAUCCGGCAGUACGACAAGAAGGUCAACCGCGCCGUGUCCGAGGCGGAGCUGCGCGGCUCCCGGCGCGCCCUGGAGCUGGACGUGGCCGCCGCCAGCCGCUUCAUAGACGCCGCCAUGCCGGAGCUCAGCCAGCAGCAGCGGGCGGCGCUGAAGAGGGCGGGGCAGGCUGCCAAUGAGCGGAGGGGCCUGCCAGAGCGGAAGCCCAAGAAGGCGCGAGGGUGGGCUGGCGGUGGGGGCCGGGCUGGGGGUGCGGACCAGGAGGGUGAAGAGGCGGACGAGCAGGAGGAGGAGCGGCAGGAGGAGGAGGAGCAGCGGCAAGGGCCGGACGCAGACGCGACAGCGGACGGGGGCGAGGGGGCAGCGACGGUGGCGGCCGCAGCAGCAGGAGAAGCUGAGGCGGCGGUGGCGGGGGCGUCGCAGGGCACCGCCCGGCGGUCAACACGCUCUCGCGGCGGCGCAGCAGCAGCGGUCACAGAUAAUGCCACCGCUGCACCAACCCCGAGCAAGGGCAACAAGGCCAGGGGCAAGGGUAUGGCGGCUGCUGGUGGCGAUGGCGGCGCGGCUGCUGCUGCUGCUGAGCAAUUUCUGGCAGGCUUCGCUGCUAAGGGCUAAGGGAUCUUGCCGCGGCUGAGACUUGUGUCACUCGCGGGCUGAUAUUAUGAUCGUGUGGCCAACGGAAAUGGAAAUUGGUACCUGUAGGGAUACGGCGUUGUGCUGGCUCUGAGCGCAUGUUUCGCAGUAUGGCUUCUGGUCCCCGCAGUUGGGAACUGGCGAACUGCGGGCGGGUCGUGUUAACUGCGUUCCAGAAUUAUUUCGUGAGGUAUGGUGUCUGUGGUUUCGUCGAAGCCGUGUGGCGAUGGUGUUUCUCUGGUUCUGGUGUUGCCACCUUCGCCUGCACUGCGCAGGAACGUGUAUGGGGGGUUGGUUCGUGCGUCAUGUUAGUGCGGGUGCUGAGUUGGGGGUCAGUUUGCCGUGGUGCUUACAUGUGUGUGUUCAAGGGAGCUUGGGGCCCAAGUUAUGCAGACGGGCGGUUGACUUGCCCUUCUGGGUGGCGAGCGUGUUGUGUCAGGCAGAGGGCUGCCCAUGCAGCAGACUGUGGCUCCCUACCCCUGCAACACCGGCUCUGGCGGUCUGGCCCGGUGUUGCAACUGGUUGCAACGCCCCAGGCCUCGAUGGAAGGAGGAGCGGGCAUCUCAUGCCCCUCACGCAAUACCUAGUAAUGCCAGAGUUUUGCUCUAAACCAG